AUGAAGGAAGCACAAGCUACUAGUGUUCUUUCUAAGCGAUGGCGCAAUGUGUGGGCGUCUAUUGCUACUCUUAACUUUGAUAAUUCCCCAACCAUCGAGAGUUUCAUACAAGGCUAUGUGUCUUCCAAGUCCUACAGCCUCCUCAUGUCAAAAGUAGACAGUGAAAUCAGUAGGUUCUACCCUUGGAUCAAUAGUGUAGUGGAAUUGCAUACUGGACCAUGCAUUGAACUACUUAGGGUUCGUUCUCAUCUAAACCAGGAAUUUGCAAGUUCCGUUGAUAAUUGUGUUCAAUUUGCAAUGGAAAAGGGUGUUCGAACACUGGAGCUGGACUUUUCAGUCUUUAGUUGUGAGAUGUAUACACUACCCCAUGGUCUCCUCAAGCACUUGAGUGUGGGUCAUAUUCCAAUACAAGGCCCUUGUCCAUGCAUUGGAUUGAAGUCCCUCAAAGUUCUUAACUUUCAUUAUGUUGAUGUGGCCGGAGAAGUUCUUGAGUACAUCUUGUCUAAUUGUCCGGUUCUUGAAAGACUAUUGGUGCGUGAAUCCCCAUCUUUGAGUAAUCUAAGAGUUUUUGGUCCAUCAGUUGCAUUGAAGUAUCUACUCAUUGAAUAUUGUCAAAACAUCAAAAGCAUUGAGAUUUGUGACACAAAUCUGGUUUCAUUAUAUGAUGGAGAUUGUAGACAUUUGCUUCUUAAAAAUUUAGCGCUGCUUGUUGAGGUAUCAGUUAGUAUGCCUUCUCUUAAGGACUGCCUAGCGGUGGCCUUUACUCAACUCUCAUGCCGUCUCUCUCAGUUAAAGAUUCUGAAAUUGAAUCACCUUGGGAUAUUCAAGAAAAUUCGUGCUGCUCAAUUCAAGAUUGGAUUUCCUGUACUAGCAAGUCUCAAACAUUUGGAAUUGUGUCUCUACACAGAAGAUGAUUGCAUUCUUCUUCAAUUAACUUCCUUCCUCAAUGUCACUCCUAACUUGCAGUCUUGUGCUUUUGUUGAACUCAUCACCUUCUUGGAUGAAAGAAAUAAAGUAUAAAGCUGCAAAAUGCUCCCAUCAACAUCUCCGGGUAGUGCAACUUGUAGCAUAUGAUGUAAU